UUCUAACACAAUCACACAACCAGUGGCAUGCAGGUGUUUUGUAAACACUCUUCAAGACGUGUGUGAUGAGGACAAGAUUGUCCCCAACAUAGACUCAACAUGGGCUUCACACCUGCUCAGGUGACAGAUGAUCCUUAGGAGGACACCUGCCAUAACCUAGGUCCAUUAAUCCCAGUGUGGUGCGAUGGAGGAUGGAAAGCCGGUGUGGGCGCCUCACCCUUCUGACGGGUUUCAGCUGGGCACCAUCGUAGAUAUCGGUGCUGACAGUCUGACCAUCGAACCUCUGAAGGAAAAGUGCAAGACGUUUCUUGCUCCCGUCAGCCAAGUGUUUCCGGCCGAGGACGAUGUCAACAAACAUGUCGAGGACAACUGCUCGCUGAUGUACUUGAACGAGGCUACGCUUCUAAACAACAUCCGUGUGCGCUACAGCAAAGACAAAAUUUACACGUACGUAGCGAACAUUUUGAUAGCAGUGAAUCCCUACUAUGACAUCCCGAAGCUCUAUUCGCCCGACACUAUCAAGCAGUACCAGGGCCGAUCUUUGGGGACGCUUCCACCGCACGUCUACGCUAUCGCUGAUAAAGCAUACCGCGACAUGAAGGUCCUGAAGAUGAGUCAGUCCAUCAUCGUCUCCGGGGAAUCGGGUGCGGGAAAGACCGAGAACACAAAGUUUGUUCUCCGGUACUUGACGACGUCGUAUGGAACGGGUCAAGAUAUCGAUGAGAGAAUAGUUGAAGCGAAUCCUUUGUUGGAGGCCUUCGGGAACGCUAAGACAGUCCGCAACAACAACAGCAGCCGCUUUGGCAAGUUUGUGGAGAUUCAUUUUAACGGAAAGAACGCAGUGGUCGGGGGGUUCGUGUCUCACUACCUCUUGGAGAAAUCGCGGAUCUGCACACAGGGACAGGAGGAGAGGAACUACCACGUCUUUUACAGGCUGUGUGCUGGAGCACCGGAGGACAUCCGAGAGAAAUUCCACCUGUCCUCGCCGAAAUGCUUUAGGUACCUAAACCGAGGAUGCACACGUUACUUCGCCACAAAGGACACGGACCAGAAGGUCUUGCAGAACCGCAAAAGCCCAGAGCACCUGAAGGCAGGCCCUCUGAAGGACCCGUUGCUGGACGACUAUGGCGAUUUUAGCCGCAUGGUGGUGGCAAUGAAGAAGAUAGGCCUGGAUGAUGCUGAGAUGCUGGAUCUGUUCAGGGUGGUGGCUGGAGUCCUUCACCUUGGCAACAUCGACUUCGAGGAAACGGGGGGCACUUCAGGAGGUUGUAACCUAAAGAAGCAGUCGCAUCAGACUCUGGAGCACUGUGCUGAGCUGCUGGGGUUGGACGAAGAAGACCUCCGAGUCAGUCUCACCACCAGAGUUAUGCUCACAACAGCAGGAGGCGCUAAAGACACUUCUAUCAAGGUGCCUCUGAAAGUGGAGCAGGCGAAUAAUGCGCGAGAUGCUUUGGCUAAAGCCGUUUACAGCCGUCUGUUCGAUCACGUGGUCACCAGAGUCAAUCAGUGCUUCCCCUUUGAAUCCUCGGCUAAUUUUAUUGGUGUGCUGGACAUCGCUGGUUUCGAAUAUUUUGAGCACAACAGUUUCGAGCAAUUCUGCAUCAACUACUGCAACGAGAAGCUGCAGCAGUUCUUCAACGAGCGCAUCCUUAAAGAGGAGCAGGAACUGUAUCAGAAAGAGGGUCUGGGAGUGAAUGAGGUGAAAUACGUUGACAAUCAAGACUGUAUAGACCUGGUAGAGUCGAAGCUAGUGGGCAUCCUGGACAUUCUGGAUGAAGAAAACCGUCUACCUCAGCCAAGCGAUCAGCACUUUACUGAAACCGUCCACAACAAGCACAAAAACCAUUUCCGCUUAAGUGUUCCCAGGAAGUCGAAGCUCACGGUGCACAGGAACGUGAGGGACGACGAAGGGUUCAUCAUCAGACAUUUCGCAGGAGCCGUGUGCUACGAGACGAGCAAGUUUGUGGAGAAGAACAACGACGCCCUGCACCUGUCCUUAGGGAGCCUCAUUAGCGAGUCCCAGGACCGGUUUAUACGUGAGCUCUUCGAGAACUCCAACAGCUCCAAAGACAUCAAGCAGAAAGCCGGCAAGCUCAGCUUCAUCAGCGUGGGCAACAAAUUCAAGACCCAGCUGAACAUCCUGCUGGACAAGCUCCGCAGCACGGGUUCUGGAUUUAUCCGUUGCGUGAAGCCCAAUCUGAAGAUGGUGAGCCACCAGUUCGAAGGGUCGCAGAUCCUGUCGCAGCUCCAGUGUUCAGGGAUGGUCUCGGUCCUGGACUUGAUGCAGGGUGGUUUCCCUUCCCGUGCUCCUUUCCAUGAGCUCUACAACAUGUACAAGCAGUACAUGCCCCCCAAACUCACACGGCUCGACCCCCGACUGUUCUGCAAGGCUCUGUUCAAAGCUUUGGGCCUGAAUGAACGAGACUACAAGUUUGGACUCACUCGAGUUUUCUUCAGACCUGGAAAGUUCGCCGAAUUUGACCAGAUAAUGAAGUCGGAUCCGGAUCAUUUGGCUGAAUUGGUGAAGCGGGUCAACAAGUGGCUCAUCUGCAGCCGCUGGAAGAAGGUGCAGUGGUGUGCGCUGUCCGUCAUCAAAUUGAAGAAUAAGAUGCUAUAUCGAGCCACUGCAUGCGUGAAGAUGCAAAAGACAGUACGCAUGUGGAUGUGCAAGAGAAAACACAAACCUCGCAUUGACGGCCUGGUGAAGCUGCGCAGCCUGAAGAAGCGGAUCGGCAUGCUCAACAAGGUUGUGACCGGCCUCAAAGAGAGCAAACAGGAAAUGAGCAAACAGAUCCAGGACCUGGAUGCCGCCAUCGACACACUCAUGCGCAAGAUUAAGGGCACGGUGAUGAGCCGCAUCGAAAUGGACCACGAGCAUCAAGCGCUGGUGACGCGCUCCGAGCGCCUCCUCAGUGCCAUGCAGAAACAGAAGCAGGAGGAAGAGGAGCGAGAGAGAUUGCGACACAUCCAGGAAGAGAUGGAGAAAGAGAGGAAGAGGAGGGAGGAGGAGGAGAGGCAACGCAAACAAGCCGAGGAGGAGAGACGCAUGAAAGCAGAGAUGGAGCUGAAGAGGAAACAGGAAGAGGAGGAACGGAAAAAGCGUGAGGAAGAGGAGAGAAGAUUGCAGGAAGAGAUGGAGAUUCAGCUGCAGGCCGAGCAAGAGGAGGAGGCGACCCGGCAGACGGUACGGGAGCAGGAAAGGCGGGAUCGAGAGCUGGCAAUGCGAAUCGCUCAGAGUGAGUCGGAGCUCAUUCCCGAGGACACGGGAGACGGUGGACUGCGCAGUAACGGCAGCGUCCCGUCGUCCCCCGAGAGAUCAGCUGUCCCGGCCCCCCAAAAACUCAAGAGCUUGACCAUGGAAGAAAUGGCCCAGGAAAUGUCCGAGCUUCUGGCUAGAGGUCGGCAAGUCCAAGCCACGAAGGCCACGACGGCCACGACCGGCACCAAGAAGCAUGACCUUAGCAAGUGGAAGUACGCAGAGCUCCGAGACACCAUUAACACUUCUUGCGAUAUUGAGCUGUUGGCUGCGUGCCGAGAGGAGUUCCACCGCAGGCUGAAGGUCUACCAUGCCUGGAAAUCGAAGAACAAGAAACGUAAUGCCGAAGCCGAACAAAGGACUCCCAAAUCCCUCACGGACUACGGUCGUGCACGGCAUGUGAUAAAUGUGUCCCAGAACUACGUGGCGCCUCCUCCAAUUCCGGCCCGGCAACACGAAAUCCUGAUGAACAGGCAGCAACGCUAUUUCCGCAUUCCCUUUGUCCGCCCCGGGGAUCAGUACAAAGACCCCCAGAAUAAGAAGAAGGGGUGGUGGUACGCACACUUCGACGGGCCGUGGAUCGCCAGGCAGAUGGAGCUUCAUCCUGAUAAACAACCCAUUUUGCUUGUCGCUGGUAAGGACGAUAUGGAAAUGUGCGAGCUGAAUUUAGAGGAGACGGGUCUGACCCGGAAGCGGGGAGCAGAAAUCCUUGCCCGGCAGUUCGAGGAGAUCUGGGAGCGCUGCGGCGGAACCCAGUAUUUGAGAAAAGCUAUUGAGAGCCACCAGGCACGGCCCACCUACGCCACAGCCAUGCUGCAGAACAUGCUCAAGUAGACACGUACAAUCACGCACUCGACCAGUCAAGCGUUAAUCCCUGGCCGUGGUGCUCAAACCGUUAAAUAGAUACAAACUCGCACACAUACACUCCAUAUCUUGACCAUACUGCAGAAACUGAACACACACAUCCAGGAAAGUCAUUCCAAAUAAUGCUCAAGCUCUCACACACACAUACACACACUUCCUUUAGGUAUAUUUCUAGUUUUAAUUCUCUCAUAGGGAGCAUUUAGAUAGUAAUUCACUCUUAAUUUCUUAAUUCACCCUUUUAUUGACAUUUUGUCUUUUAGUCUUUAAAAUUAGUUCUUUUUUUUUUUUAAAUUUCCCACAUUUCAUCGAUAUAUGUUGAAUUUGACGCAUUCCUUCCUCAUGCACAUAAUCCUCGAUGGUAAAUCCAUAACCGUAACUAUGAGGCCUUAACAACUGCAACUCCUUCGGUGACACGUUUUACGAACGUACCGUUUUGUAUAUUGUCUGAUAAAAUAUUCACAAGCAAGUGUUAAUAAUUCUAUCUUUCCUUCAACGAUAUUUCUUUUUUUUUCCUUUGGCGAAUAUGUAUAGUUGUCACAACUUCCUUCUUAAAGACUAAACUUCUUUAUUAUUGAAACUUGAAUAGAAAAUUGAAAACUGAAAUGAAGCUUUUAAAGUGGUGUGUCUUUUGAAAUUUUUUGCACAAAUUUAUAGUUCUAAUAAUGAUAACCAUAGUCUUAUAUUGUUAUAUUGUGUAAUUAUUUUCAUGGUAACGAAGGCAGUUUGUCAGUUUACACUCGGGUUAAAAAAAAAAAAAAAAAAAAUUCAGGUCUAAAACUCUAAACGAUGCACUCUUUUUUUUUUUUUUUCACCCUCGAGCGUUUUUUUCUAGCAUAACCUUAUAAUCGUUAAGCUGUACCCGAUGAUCUUCCAGCUCCUACUGAAUGUACAGAAACAUUUUUACACAGUUUUACACCAUGGCCUUGAAGAUGUACAAUUGAAAAACCAGACUGCGUUCCGUUGAAAUCGUUCCUGGAAUUGUCUGUGCGCUCUUUCGAGAAAAUGUUGGAACGAAAUGAACUUUUAAUGAUGUGUCUAAAUUAUACUUUUUGUUGCUGUUAGAGAAAUUAUAUAUAAUGAAAUGUAUGCAAUACUUUUACCUGACUAAUACACUUUUUGAAAUUGA